CCAGGUGUGUGUGGCUGUUGUGGUGCCCUUCGCCCACGAUACAAGAGGCUGGUUGACAACAUCUUCCCUGAAGACCCAGAGGAUGGCCUCGUGAAAACCAACAUGGAGAAGCUGACCUUCUAUGCCCUCUCAGCUCCAGAGAAGCUAGACCGGAUUGGUGCCUACCUCUCUGAAAGGCUUAUCCGUGAUGUGGGCCGCCAUAGAUAUGGCUAUGUGUGCAUUGCAAUGGAGGCUCUGGACCAGUUGCUUAUGGCCUGCCAUUGUCAGAGCAUCAAUCUCUUUGUAGAAAGCUUCCUCAAGAUGGUGGCCAAGCUGUUGGAGUCUGAGAAGCCCAAUCUGCAGAUCCUAGGCACAAAUUCGUUUGUGAAGUUUGCCAACAUAGAAGAGGACACUCCUUCCUAUCAUCGGAGCUAUGAUUUCUUCGUGUCACGAUUCAGUGAAAUGUGUCAUUCCAGCCAUGAUGACUUGGAGAUCAAGACCAAGAUCCGUAUGUCAGGCAUCAAAGGCCUGCAAGGGGUGGUGAGGAAGACAGUGAAUGAUGAGUUGCAGGCCAACAUCUGGGACCCACAGCACAUGGACAAGAUUGUCCCUUCGCUGCUGUUCAACCUGCAGCAUGUAGAGGAAGCGGAGAGCAGGUCGCCCUCACCCUUACAGGCCACAGAGAAAGAAAAAGAGAGCCCAGCAGAGCUGGCUGAGAGAUGCCUCCGAGAACUGCUGGGCAGGGCCGCCUAUGGCAACAUCAAAAAUGCCAUCAAGCCUGUACUCAUUCACCUAGAUAACCAUUCUCUCUGGGAACCCAAGGUGUUUGCCAUCCGUUGCUUUAAAAUCAUCAUGUAUUCAGUUCAGCCCCAGCAUUCCCACCUCGUGAUCCAGCAGCUCCUGAGUCACCUGGAUGCCAACAGCCGCAGCGCAGCCACCGUCCGGGCGGGCAUCGUGGAGGUCCUGUCUGAGGCAGCUGUCAUUGCUGCUACUGGCUCUGUGGGUCCCACAGUGCUGGAGAUGUUCAAUACUUUGCUGAGGCAGCUGCGGCUCAGCAUCGACUAUGCCCUGACUGGCAGCUAUGAUGGAGCCAUCAGCGUUGGCACCAAGAUCAUCAAGGAGCAUGAGGAGAGAAUGUUCCAGGAGGCCGUGAUCAAGACCACUGGAUCCUUUGCCAGCACACUGCCCACCUAUCAACGCUCUGAAGUAAUGCUUUUCAUCAUGAGCAAGGUCCCAUUGCCCUCUCUCCAUCACCCCGUGGAGACUGGAAAGACCGGGGAGAACAGGAACCGGCUGACCCAGAUCAUGCUGCUGAAAUCCCUCCUUCAGGUAUCCACCGGCUUCCAGUGCAGCAACAUGCUGACCGCCCUGCCCAGCUCCUUCCUGGACCGGCUUCUUUCGGCCGCUCUCAUGGAGGAUGCUGAGAUCCGCCUCUUUGUCCUGGAAAUCCUCAUCAGCUUCAUCGAUCGUCAUGGCAACCGCCACAAGUUCUCCACCAUCAGCACCCUCAGUGACAUCUCAGUCCUAAAACUGAAGGUGGACAAGUGCUCACGGCAAGACACUGUGUUCAUGAAGAAGCACUCUCAGCAGCUCUACAGACACAUCUACAUGAGCUGCAAGGAGGAGACGAAUGUUCAGAAACACUACGAGGCUCUUUACAGCAUGCUGGCGCUCAUCAGCAUCGAGCUGGCCAAUGAGGAAGUGGUGGUGGACCUCAUUCGCCUGGUGCUGGCUGUCCAGGAAGUGGCCCAUAUCAAUGAAGAAAAUCUGCCUGUGUACAACCGCUGUGCCCUCUAUGCUCUAGGAGCUGCCUACUUGAACCUCAUCAGUCAGCUUACUGCUGUGCCUGCUUUCUGCCAGCACAUCCAUGAGGUUAUAGAGACCAGGCAGAAGGAAGCCCCAUACUUGCUCCCAGAAGACGUGUUUGUGGAGAGACCCAGGUUGUCCCAGAGCCUCGACCAAGUGGUGAUUGAGCUCCUCUUCCGUCAGAGUAAGAUCAGUGAAGUCCUGGGGGGUAGUGGCUACAAUUCUGACAGGCUCUGCACACCUUACAUCCCUCAGCUGACAGAUGAAGAUCGUUUGUCCAAGAGGAAGAGCAUUGGUGAAACCAUUUCCCUUCAGGUGGAGGUAGAAUCAAGGAACAGCCCAGAAAAGGAAGAGAGAGUGCCCGCUGAGGAGAUUACCUAUGAGACCCUAAAGAAGGCCAUUGUGGAUAGUGUGGCCGUGGAGGAACAAGAGCGUGAGCGACGGCGGCAGGUGGUUGAGAAGUUCCAGAAGGCACCUUUUGAGGAGAUUGCUGCCCACUGUGGGGCCCGGGCAUCCCUGCUGCAGAGCAAGCUCAACCAGAUCUUUGAAAUCACCAUCCGACCUCCCCCAAGCCCAUCUGGUACCAUCACAGCAGCCUACGGCCAGCCACAGAACCAUUCUAUCCCCGUCUAUGAGAUGAAGUUCCCUGAUCUGUGCGUAUACUGAGUGCCAAGAGUCAGAGGCCCUGUGGAGAAUGGGUAUGGGGGAGGCAAUCCCCACCCCCAUCCCCUACAGCAUGGAAUCCUAACUGAGAUCUCAGGGGAGAAAUAUAACUUCCAAAUGGUGGGCACCUUCAUGACGGAACAAGUUCCCUCAACCCUUCUCUUCCUCCUGCUCCACCAUCCCAGCUUCGCCACACUCUCUUUCAGGCCCUCUGUGCCAGUAGGAGUCUACCCUGCCCACUCUGCCUUGCCUUCUGUUUCAUCUGGGAUCCUUCAUGAGGAGAGAUUUUAGGGUUCUCUCCCAAUAAGGGUCAGAGAGCCUUUGUGAGCAUUUGGUUAAUGAGUUGGAGGAGUUUUUUCCUUGGGGCAGAGCCUAUGAACCAUCCAUCCAUGGACAGGCUCACCAUGUUUCAGAGGAGGGGCCCUGCCAAGGACCUCAGUGGCCUUUGAGGCCAAUUUAACGCCUAGGAUUGGACAGAAAAUGGAAAUACGGAAGGGAGGUGUCAGACCUCUUGGGCAGCAUUGCUUGGAAAAAGGAAAAUGUUGGCAUCUCUCUCCAGGAAUUUCCCAGCUACCAAGUUGAAGUCUGAAUCCCCAGCUAACAGAGCUGCUUCAGAAGGGGUGAGGUAUACUGAGAGCUUCAAACUCACUGAGCAACAGACUGAAGUCCCCUCUACCUGAUGUGAAGAGUCACUGUGCAAUUGGGUCCAGGGGCUAGUAGAAGGGAAUAGGAUGCCUUAGGAAUGUGGAGGGAGAGUUGGGACCAUGGCAGCUCUAAGACCAGGAUUCUGAAAGGAAGCAUGGAACAUCCUUUCCAGGGAUGCCAGCGCUCCACAAGUAGUUGACACCAGCAAUUUUUUCUUGUUCUAGUUUAUCCGUAAGAGUUAGCCUGGGCUUAUCUCCUCUCAAAUGGCAUAGGACCCUUGGGACCAGGGUUUAGAAGCAUUGCGGGAACCUAAAAUGAAAUUAAGGGCAAAGUCUAAUCUGAUAAAGGGAUAUAACAUCUAGCAAGAUUGGGGAGAAAGAGAGGCCAUCUUCAGCCUUGACAUUGCCAGGGAGGCAAAUACAUUGCAUCCUGGGGGUCCUGCAUCAUGAGAAGUUAUACCAGAGAAUAUUCCCUAAUGAUCCCUUCUCAUAGUAGGCAGAGAUGGGAAAAACAUCUCUACCUAGCCCUGCCACUGCUUGUGGGCCCUCUUGGCCCUCUUACCGUCUCUGCCCUGCCUGAGACACUGCAUUAUGGUAUCUCCUUGGUCUCUCUUCUCGUGGGGCAUACAUAGGCCUAUUGCUAGAGGUUCUAGGCUUGAGGGCAGGACAAGAGGUAGCUCAAGACAACAGACACCGUCCAAAAAAGCAGGGAAUGACAGGCUGCCCCAAUGCCCUGCCCUAAAUCAUUCCCUCAUAGGGAAAGUUAUUUGCCCUGCCCUAGGCAGAGGGUCCUUGGGACUACCAUUCCUACAACAGGAGUUUACCUGCCAGCACUGAGAAUAUUGGAUGUAUCCACCAAGGAAUGAGUGGGCUAGUUGUAUGCUUUGGGAGUGCAGUGUGCAAGCCUGUGUAUGUGUGGGGGGGUGGGGUGGGAUAGGGGAGGGGAAGUGUAUGUGUGUCUUUUGGAGAAAAUCUAUACGUAUAUUUUAUCCAAAUGAGGUGAUGCCUCUAGACUCCAGAGUGCAACAGAAGCUUCUUUGAAUUCUAGAUUUCCAGGUGCCCUAUGCACCCUGCACCUUGUAUGUACCCAACAAACUUUUAUGAAUGAUGGUGACAACAAGUUGUUGCAAAAGUCCAAUCAGAACCAAUACACACAUGUCCCCAAGAAAUAUGGGAACGUGGGGACGAGAGUUUGUCUUAAUGCCCUUUCUGUGCCCCAUUCUGUCCUUGCUGAUCCUCCCUAGGGUCAACCACUCUCAUAUGGACUAUGGCUUAUCUAGAGCCCCAGAUGGCAGAUUCCUACAGGCACAUCUCCCUCGGAAUAACCCUUCUAAAAUAACCUUCCUUCCUCCCCCAACCCUCUAAACUCUACCCCAAAAUUUUCAUUUAUUAGUAUAGCUGAGAUAAUUAGCCUGGGGCUGUGAGUGAAUUGUAGGUUGGUUAGUGAUUUGUCCCCUUCUAGGAGGAGAGAAAGAGAGAAAAAGGAGAGAGAGAGAGAAAGAGAGAGAAUGGGAGAGAAAAGGGAAGAAAAAAAAAGGAAUUUGAUCUUGUUCUAGGCAAGAGAGAAUUUGAUUCAGAUCUAUUUUCUCCCAUCCUAAGUGAAGUUUCUUGGGGAAGAAAAGGGAAAAUUGAGCCCAACUAUCAUAAUGUUGUCACCUCAGACCUUUGUUUUUAUUGUUUCAGGACUCAUCAUAUUGGUCCGAAUAUAAAACAUCAGGAAAUAUAGGGUAUGUUUCUAAAACAAGAUCCCUUUUUAAAAAAAAUUGCAAAAUCAAGUUGUACAAUGAAAGGCAGCACUCCUUGGCCAUUCUAAAGUUUUAUGCAAGCCCAGGAUAUGUUGGGGGAAAAAGUGCAGCCCACCUUCAACUCUGUCUCUGUUAUUGUACUGUGGGUAGGCGAGGUGGUGUAAAUCACACCUCCAGAGUUGGAAGGACUCUCAGAGAUCACGUUGUGUGGUUCCUACCAGGAAAAGGAUCUCCCAUGUGACAUACCUGAUAACUAUUCAUUAGUCUUUACUUAAAGACUUUGAAUAAAGGGAACCCACUAGUGUUUAAGGCAACCCAUUCCAUUUUUCAAUAACCUCCAACUCUGAAGAUAUUUUUCACUCCAUAAAACCUAAAUUUAUCCCUUCAAUUCACUGUACCUCGUUCUGCCCUCUGUGGUCAAGCAAAACGUAUCUGAUUCUCUUUUCAUGUAAGAGAGCUUCAAAUACUUGGAGAAAAUGAUCAUGUGGCCCCCCUCCAAGGUGCCUCCUUUCCUAUGCCAAGCCCCCUUGGUUCAUUCAUUUGAUCCUUCUAAGGCAUGAUCUCAAGGCCAGUUACUACGCUGGCUAUUUUCCUCUGGCUUAUCAAUGUGCUUCCCAAGAUAUUAAUCACAACAAAUAAAACACUCCAGCUAGAAGAAUGUCCUCUGAUGACAGCAGGAUUAUUCCCUCCUGGUUCUGUGCCCUCUGCCUCACCUAAUAUAAUUUUAGGUUGCACGUGUUCCCUGAAAUCCAAGAUGGAGGACAUCCAGACUUAUAAGCGUGAAAUUCCUCUCCAUUUUGUAUAAUAAAACAUUUCUUAUUAAAAUAGCAACUUAAACUUUGAGUGAACAUCAAAGCACACAGUUUCUUAGAGGAAACUUUGAAGACAAGAUAGGAAUCCUGAGGGCCAAACUAGUCUUCCACUAACUAGUUCUUUGUGAUUAUUCUGAGCACUGUGUCUCUUAACCCUAAACUAAGUUUUAAAAGAAGACCCUCGGUUUCUUUCUUACUUGACUUCAGUUGUCCUCCCCGCUCCCUCUAGCGAUGUUUCUCAUAUCUGUGGCACUGAGGGGUGGGGAUCAUAAGAUCUAGAGCCAGAAAGGGGUUUAUGGGCCAUCUAGUCAACCUCCUCCCCCCAUCCCCAUUCUAUUUUACAGAUAAGGAUACUGAAGCUCAGGCUUAUAUAAUAAUAGUUCCAUGACACUUUUCUAAAAAGCCUACAGAUGAGGUUAAUUCCCCUAGAAGAUGAUUGCUAGCCUUGGUUGUCACCAUUAUGAGGGGGAAAAAAUCAAAGUGUAUCUCUAGAUACAUGAUUUAAAUCAGUGGUGUCAAACUCAAAUAGAAACUGGGCCACUAACCCAUACGUAAGGAUCCCUGGCGGGGACUGCAUUUUGACUUAGAAAACCACACAUUAGCAUCAUUUUUGUUCUGCUGUCCUUGUAUUUAUUUUGUUAAAUAUUUCCCAAUUACACUUUAAUCUGAUUGUGGCCAGCAACAUGGGGCUUUGAUGCCUCUGACUUAGGGCAUCAAUUCUAUGCCCCCUCCAAAUCAAGGGCAGCUUUUCUGUACUUUUAUUUUUUCCUUGUGAAGAAGCAACUUCUGACUCUUCUGGUAUCUGAGUUAAACACUGUCUAUUGUCUAAUUUAAUCAGCAAGGUAGACCAAAUUACCCUAACAAAAAUUAGCAACAAGCUGUAAUAGAACAUUGAAUUUUGACUCAAAGGGGCUAGAUAGAUAUGGAUCUUGGCUCUGCUAGUCACUUGUGCGACUAGGGGCAAAACACUUCUCUUCUGUACCUCAGUUUCCUCAUCUGUAAAAUGAAGGUGUUGGAUCAUAGGAUUCUAUGGUUGAGAGCUGAAAGAGACCUUAAAAAUAAGGUAGUCCAGUGUCCUCGAGUUACAAGUGAGGAAACAGGUGGUCUGAGGUUUCUUCCAGUUCUCGAUCAUAGGAACCUGUAAAAGUCCUGCCUCACCGUCAGACAGUGUGCCUUAGAACAAAGCAUUGGGGUGGCAAUUGGGACUUAAGAUGGUUUCAUGCCAUUAUAUUCUCAUCCUACCACUGGCCCCAGGAUAUGAGAGGAAAAUCCCUUCUUUCUUGCCAAUCCCCUUUUGCUGUGUCGUUCCAUGUGAUGAGGCCUUUUUCCUCUCCUGAGUAGAGGCAGUCGGAAAACUAUCCUUCACCAUACAGCAAACAUUUAUUAAGCGUCUGCUAUAUAUGAAACUCAGUACUAGGUGCCAGUUAUAUUAAGACCAAAAAAACCCCAGUCUUUGCUCUCAAGAAGCUUAUAUUUUGUCUGAUCAUGCUCAGCUGGAAACCCUGCCCCUUAUACUCUUGAUGGACAGAAGAUGAGCUUCUGCAUUGAGAGAAGGAUGGAUAUAGCUAGAGCUUUCCUGGGAAGGCUUAAUCAGACAUGAAUAUAUUUGAAACUCCUGAUUUCUCUUAAGUAAGCUGAGUUUUCCUCCAAGUAGGGACCUCAGGGACCUGUGGUUCUACUCCCUUCUUCCUCUUCCCAUUUGAGAAUAUAAAUCCAAUAAUUCCCCUUAAAAUAAUUCUCUCUUAAUAGAAAGUGAGGUUGGAAGACUUGUAGUGCCAAGAUAGGGUCAAACAAAACCAGGCUGCAAGAAGAGGGUAAAAACUAUAGUAGCUGCUCCCAGGCAGUUAAUAUUUGAAGAGAAUGUUCAAUAGGAAUGGGGGCUAAACCUCUGAUUUCAUGGGUAUGGGGAAACUCCUUGCACCAAAGUGAUUUGGCACCUUAUCUAUAAUUUGUGAAUGGCUAGGUGGCACAGUGGAUAGAGUGGCAGGCCUGAAGUCAGGAAGACUCAUCUUCUUGAGUUCAAAUCCAUCCUCAGAUACUCAGCAGCUGUGUGACCCUGGGUAAGUCACUUAACCCUGUUUGCCUCAGUUUCCUCAUCCAUAAAAUGAGAUGGAGAAGGAAAAGGCAAACCACUCCAGUAUCUUUGCCAAGAAAACCCUAAUUAGGGUAACGAAGAGUCGCACAACUGAAAUAUGACUCAACAACUAUAAUUUAUAUUCUUAGAUAGUUGCCUAGAACCCAGAUAUACAGUAGAGCUUAAGACUUGGAACUUCCGGAAAACUGAAAUAGCUCAAGGAUCAGGAUGCCUGAGCUUCUCUGAGGUCUCUGUCUAAUCCCAAUCCCACUGUCCCUGAUAGAUAAAUCCCCUCUACAAAACUGAAUUACAUCUGGACUCCCAUGUAACUGGGCAGUCUGAGCCCAGCUCAGAGUCCAUGCUCUUACUGGGCCUUUCCAGGGUAGCCCAGACAAGUUGAGCUAAAACAAGAUGCCUGAGUUACCCUGGGAAGUACAAGCAAUUUAGGGUCACUUGUCUUCCCCCUAUCCCAGGAACCCUCAAAGUAACAAUGAACCAUUUGCUGCAAGGAGAAAAGAUUGAGCAGUACUUAACUAGAAGGUAAGCUCUUGGAAGGCAGGGGUUAUUUGUAUUUACCUUUAUAUCCCUAGUACCCAACAGUUUUUGGCACAGUGUCUGAACCUGUGAUAAGACCUCCUCCCUGUGCAAUUUUUCUGCAAUUAGUCUUGGUGAAUUAUCCAGAGAACAACGAGGCUGCGACUGACCUGGGGUUACAUAGUCAUAUAUGUCAAAAGCAGGACUGGGACCCAGGUCUUUCUGGAUUAGAGGCCAUCUCUGCCACUCUGCCACCAUAUUGCCUCUCUCAUUUGGCACAUGGUAGGCCCUUAAAUGCCUAUAGACUGAUUGCUAGAAUGAACUGUAGAAUAGAAGUAUGUUGCUGAAUUGGAAUUUGGCCUUGAAUUUUCACUCUACCUGAGGACCAAAGAAGCUGACUGAGUUCAUCUCUUUUUCUGAGAGAUCUGGGGAUGGGGGAAAUGCUCUCCCUCCAUCUCCUCUCGAUUUCUGAAAAGCACUUAAUUAGCUAAAGGGGACAAGAGGCACUCCCAGCUGGAAAACCUGUAAAUGCUUCUGUCCUCAGAUUGCAACGUGUUUGUGUUUGUGUGUGUAUGUGUGUGUGUGUGUGUAUGUCAUAUCUAGACCUUUGUGGCCCUGGGUGGAUAUGGGCGGGGGUGGGUAGGGGUGUGCAAGUGCCACACAGUUUCUAAUAUGUGUACAUAAUAACUGAUAGGUGUAUUUAUACAUGGAUGCAGAAUUAGUUCCUGUGAUAGUUUCUGUAUUUCAAAUUCAUUGGAGCCCAUUGGCUUCAUUUGUGAGCGGAGGAAAAGAUAGUGGACUUGAGGGAGGAGGAGGAGGAGGUAACUGUGGGAGGGGGGUGAUACUUAAGAAGAUAAUUCUUUAGGGAAUGUUUGUGGAUAUUUUCCAAUAUGUCUUUAUGAUGCCCUUUUCAAAUAAAUGUUAAUGUUGUCUCCACA